GAAGAUGCACGUAUCACCAAGUGCCACGUAAUAGUGUUACUAGGAUAAAAUCACGAAGUUAAGCAGCUCAGUCUAAACAGAAAAUAGAUCCGUUUGAGGUUAUUUUUGUCAUUGACAACAUUUCUCUCCGUCACUCUGACUCUGUGUCAAUGCCAGUUGGCGGUGAUCAUGCUUCAUAGUCUUACUGUUUUCUUGGUUGUUCUAAGUGUUUCUUGAAUCUUGAUCAUACCCUAAAAACCCUAAAUUCUUAUUAAAAACCCUAAUCAAGAAACACAAAUCCCACCAUGGAAACACCCAAAAUUCUAGAAAUCAACUUGAUUUCAGCCCAAGAUUUAAAGCCAUUGUCAAAUAAUCUCCGGCAGAUGCAAACGUACGCCGUCGUUUGGGUCGAUUCCGCCAUCAAACUCCGAACCCGCAUUGACCGUGUCGGCGGCGAAAAUCCUACUUGGAACGAUAAAUUCCUCUUUAAAGUCACUCCCGAGUUUCUCUCCAGCGAAACUUCCGGUGUCACCUUCGAGAUCAGCGCCGUUGGUUGCUUCCGUGAUACUUUAAUCGGGACCGUUCGUUUUCUUAUCAGCAACAUCCCACUUUAUUCCCCUGUUAACCAAACCAGAACUCCGUCGUGUAUUGCUCUUCAGAUUCGCCGUCCUUCUGGAAGAUUCCACGGCGUUCUCAACAUCGGUGCUACGGUGAGCGACGGUUCUGAUUAUGCCACGUUUAAUACUGCCUCGGCGAUUGGGUUUCGGGAUCUUAUGGGAGAGAGUAUUGGUCGCCGGAGACGGCAGUUGCCUCCGCGCGAUUUAAAGAAAUCGGUGUCGAUGGAUGAGGUUGGUGGCGGCGAGAAUUCUUGCUGUGAUUCUGGGGAUUUUUCAUCUGAUGGUGCCGAUUCUACCACUUCUUCUUCUUCUGCUUCAUCUACGGCGUUGAAAGAUUGGAAUACGGUUAGGAAUUUGGCGGGAAAUCACUUCAGAUCAUCAUCGGACGGUGGAGGAUUCUUUUGUGGGUUGCUGAAACAGAAGAAGCUUACCAUGUGUAUGUCUGCACAGAAUCUUUCAGGUAUGAGUGGGUCCGGGAAGGAAAAUUGAUCAACGGCCAAGAUUUUGAUUGUUGCAUGUUUAGUGAGUAUAGUCCGUUAGAUCAAGAUUGCAUCAAAGAUCAACGGUGGAGAUCAUCUUAGUCUCUCUUCUUGUGUUUAUGUACAACAUUCAUUGUGCACAAUUUGAAUUUUUUUCUGCCGUUAGAAAGCUGAUAGUGUUUGAAUUGUGGGAAGUAAAAGAAAAUAGAAAGGUAAUGUUUAGUUGUUUCAGGAGUCAGUUGGUACCAUUUUUGAUUUAAAGGAUAGGUAGAUGUGGUAGGCAAGCUGACUCUGAUUGAUGAGUGUAAUUGCCACUGGAAAUGUAAGUUUAAAUUUUGCUCGAAUUCAAUAUGAAUCUGAUGUAUACCUACUCAAGUACAGUUUACAAAUGAAA